UGAGAAAGAGGGGUAACUAGGCAACUUCGGUGGCGGUAGAAGAUACGGCUCACGGGGCGCCGAAAUUGUAAAAUUGUCGAAAAGAAUUGAGGUUUACCCAAUGUGAUUUUAGUGUGUGUCCGGCAAAAGGAAUUAACCAAUGGAUAUUCCUCCUAAACGGAAAUCAGAGCGCACAAAUGAAAGGGGCAUUGGUUUGGAUUAAAACGCAGAAAUGGGACACUUUCGAGUAGGAUGUGCUUCAAAUGGUGCUUGAAGGAAAUAACUUGGAUGAACAGUUAAUCUGGGUCUAAAUCGCUUCAUCCGAUCGGAAUAUCUGCUCACUCCCUCGACAGCAAAUACCAUCAAAUAUUAUAGAAGAAGUCCAUGCCUUUCCCUUAGGGGGAAUCACUGACUAAGCAGAAGGGGUACAAGAUGAUGGCUGACCUUCACUGAGAGCCAAACACAAUGUCAGCACGGGUGUGAAGCGGCUCAAGAGGACCACUCCACCUCUCACUCCCAGGCACUCCAACCCCAGGAUGAAGCUGCACUGAGCGGGAGGCUCAGUGGGCUCACGCCGGACCCUUGCUCUGAAGAGGACCACCAGACUUCUCACCAUGGACCUGGAGGAGAGCUCCCGCGUGGACGCCCGUCUCUGAGAGGGACUAGCCAGGACAUUGGAGGCUGGUCGGAGAGCUGUGCUGCCAGCCCAUGGUGGAUCUGCUGUGAGGGGGACGAAAACCACGGACUCAGCAGAGGAGGAUGUCAGCAGAGGCCGAACUCCAGCCAGGUGUCAAAACCACCCUGAGGAGGGAGUCCAAGAGGACUAAAGGUCAGGACCGCAGUGAGGCGGGGCUGAUUAAGCGUUUCCGCGGCGAUGGCGUGCGCUACAAGGCCAAGCUGAUCGGAAUUGAUGAGGUGACAGCGGCACGCGGGGACAAGCUGUGCCAGGACUCCAUGAUGAAGCUCAAGGGAAUGGCUUCCUCGGCUCGUUCCAAAGGGGAGCACAAGCAGCGAGUCUUUCUCACCGUGUCCUUCGGCGGGAUCAAGAUUUAUGACGAGAGAUCGGGGGUUCUCUUGCAUCAACACACAGUGCAUGAGAUCUCCUACAUUGCUAAAGAUACCAGGGACCACCGCGCCUUUGGUUACGUCUGUGGGAAGGAGGGACACCACCGCUUUGUUGCCAUCAAGACUGGCCAAUCGGCGGAGCCUCUCAUCGUCGACCUCCGUGACCUCUUCACGCUCAUCUACGACAUCAAGCAGCGUGAGGAGAUGGAGAAGAAGGCCCAGAAGGACAAGCACUGUGAGCAGGCCGUCUACCAGACAAUUUUGGAGGACGAGGUCGAUGACCCAGUCUACCAGUACAUUGUGUUUGAGGCUGGACACGAGCCCCUCCGUGGCCCCCAAUCAGAGGAGAGCGUUUAUCAGGUCCCUACCAGUCAGCAGAAGGAAGGGAUCUAUGACGUCCCAAAGCGCCAUUUCCCCAUGACUAAUAUCAACCACUUUGAUCUGUUUGGCGAUAUGUCCACUCCACCCUCGAUGCCCCCUUCUCCUGCCAACACUCUGGACCCCAGUAGGAGCCAUCGCCAGCACCCACCUGACAUGUAUGCUCCCUUCAGCCCCACGUCUGUGCCCUCAGGUUAUAUGACCAUGGGAUCUGUCCAGGCAGCUCAGUGGGCCCAGCAGCCCUUCACGGGCCAGGGCCAGACGCUGGCCUUCGGGGUGCAGGGUCCCCUCCAGGUGGCCCAGGUCCUGCCCGGCGGCCAGCCCCUCAUCUGGAGCCAGGCCAACAUCUUCCCCGCUACCCAGCAGCAGUGGGCUGCCAUGGCCGCCUACAUGCCCGCCCAGGCCAUGGGGGUAGGAGGGCACCACAUUCCAGCCGCCAUGCUCCAGGGCCUGGUGCCCAUCACCACCGUGUGUCCCCAGGCCUGCGACCUAUCAGCCCCUUCUUCGGCCAUCACCAGCCCCCAGCACACAGCCAGCGAUCCCAGCACCCUGCUCUUGCGCCAGCUCAGCCUGGGAAGGGAGGCUCUAAGUGGGGACUCAGAUGCUGGGGAGGGCCCCUCCACCUCAGGCGCUGCCGGAGGUGUUGGAGUGGUGAGCAGGUGUGGCACGCCAGGGCCGUUGAUCGUACCUGACACCCUGGCCUGUAGCCAGCUGUGCCCACCCUUAGCCUUGACCCAGGAAGAGGAAGGCAGUUGCAGCGAUCUUGACCUUUCCCGGAUGACCUUGAGCCCAGGCACAUCCACGUCGCCAUCCUCUGACUCCCCGUCCACCCCGGCCCCCCUGCAGAGCUCUUCCUCAGACUGCCCCCCCUCCCAGACCAGUGACCCCGCCACGGACCUCUCCCCCGUAGACGCAGAGACGCACGCUAGCCCAAGCAGCAUCAGGGAAGAAGAAACGGGUCCCUGUCCCAGGACCCUGUCCCCCUGUCCUGCUGCUGACGCCCCUGCUGACACGCCCCAGGGACAGACCUGUUCCCAGGACGACAGCUAGAGAACAGCCGACACCAAGGGCAGUGGUCCUCAAGGUCCCAGGAAGUGAAGAGGACAGCGGACUCUUGUGCGACUCUGGACUUCAGUGUUCUCACAGCUAGAUCACAAAGACACACAGUUGUGUAUUUUCGACUACCGGGAGGAUAUUGUCAUCCCAAGCAGCUGACCUGCCUCUCUCCAGAGGCCACUCCACAAAGUCCUCUGAAAGACAAACAGACUCCUGCAAAGAUGUCUCUGUUGAAAAGCCUUUCACCCAGGAAGUGACCUAUGACCUCGGGACUCCCAUGGAACAGUGGGAUUUUUAUCGCUUUUCACUAAGGUCCGAUGGGGUUGACCUUUACUUUGGAAUCUGCCACACGCCCAGACUAUCAGACAAUUCUGCCACAAGUUUACCAUUUGCAUGAGCAGACUUGUGUGUGUGAUCCACUGGAUGUGGCUCCAGUGAAUCUGACUGUGAGGAAAGAAAACGUCUUAUUUUGAUGUGAAAAUAUCAACAAUAGAAUGUUUAAUUUUCUAAUCUGUGACUUCGGAUAUCACAUGGAGUCACAAAAGGAGAAUAAACUGACUUUGAGGCAUCGAUAUUGAAAUUCUUGUUUGCCAAACAUCUAUUUUGUAAAUAGGAUAUCCUCAGUUCUCUUACCUGAGCCUCUGUGCCAUAAGAACAGUUAGGUUUGCCUCUCGGACACCAACUAGCUGUGGUUUUUCAAACAAUGCCCUACCAGCACCUCUUUUAUGUAGCGUCUGGAUGUUUGCUUUGCUUUUGUUGCCAACAUUUAUUUUCUAAAGAUAACUUUUGGUUCAUUUUCCGUUCUGUGACAUGAACUGUGAAUCUGUGUUGCAUAGUCAUUCAAAGAGGGGCCUGUUACCUCUCACUCUUUUUUUGGAACUAGACAGUUGAACUAAUACAUUAAGGGUUCCUCACACACACUAAAUACAAAAAAUCACAGGCCAAUUCCUUAGAAGCCGAUGUCACUUCUCUUGUGUUUCAUGUUUUUAGGUACAGUAUGGUAGACUUCCAGACUGGUAAUCCCAUCCCUCAAUGUCUGCUUUCAAACUGUAUAAACAACCUUCUCUCCAUGUUUGGAUGGAACAAACCAAAUGAAUGAGCUUGUUCUGAUAUGAAAUACAUGCCUGUCAAAAGUGCAUCUCUCGGCCUUAUCAGUUGUACAGGUUUUGUUGUCCAGUCACUGUUGUUGUCCAGCCAUUAUACACAGUAAAGGUUAAUGAUGCAAGAGAAGGUUUGGGCAGACUGUGUUAGUAGGUGUGCUCUACUGAGAAAAAAUGCAGAUAUGGCAACUUUGUAAAAUUAAAUAAAUGAGAUAUCACUAUUUACUUCUAGACUAUGAUGAUAACUGUAAUUCUGUUCGUAAGAAAAAUACAAAAUACUGUAGUCCAAAAUAUUUUGUACAUUUUAUUUAUGAAUUCAAAAGGGUAAUGACAAGAGAAAAGGGUGACUUUUGUACUUAAAUUUCUUCCCAUUCACUGUACUCAUCCAACUGUUCAGUCACAAAUAAAAUACCAUGUGAUUCCCA